AUGUGGCGACACCCAAUUCGAUCUGAGGAAACUUAUACAAUUAUCAAUAACAUCAAAUCGGAUAGUAUUGCAGAUCGUGAACCUGGUCUAUUAGUUGGUUGUCGCAUUCUCGCUGUUAAUCAAAUACAUUUGAUUGGCAAAAGUUUAGAUGAAGCUUAUCGUACACUAGCAUCAUCUCCACCAGAGAAUCCACUAAUUUUAUGUCUAGCUAAACCUUUAUAUCUUCGACCAGGACUAUCUAUAUCAACACCUCACCGAUACAGCUUUGGUAAUCGCUCCCCUCCAUCUCAAAUUACUAAAUUUUUAUCCGUUCAAGCACAACGUCGACGAGUAAAUUCUUGCGGAGAAGAAUACCAACGAAAUCGUCAUAUUAUGGAAAUGGAGAAUAACGCCCCCAGUAAUCAGAAUAAUGGUAACAAUUCACGAUAUCAUGAUUCCCAUUCUCAAUCAACAACUGCCUCCGGUGUCUCUGGCCCCAGAAAAUAUUCGCCACCAUCAGAUGCAACUAUUUCAGAAAGAUCCGGCUAUAAUCAUGCUUCUAAUGCAAAUCAAGCUAAUUAUCCUGAACAUCCGACAUCAUAUCAUCGACAUAGCGAAGUCGACGGAAGUUAUGGACCAACUAACAGCAAUGAUAACCAAAGUAAUAAUAAUAAAUGGCGUGGUAGUAGCGCUGUUUCACAAUCAAAUUUUGUCAAUAAUGAAAAUGCUAAUACUUCCGCUAAUUCAUAUAAUGUUUCUCGUGGGCCUAUUGGACGCAAUGUUCCCGUACCACCUGUACGCCAAAGUGGUAAAGUUGCUCGAGUCUCAAUUGGUGGUUCAGUAUCUAGAGUAACUGUUCCGACGUUAAAUGAUCGUCAGCGAUCAGUUAGUGCGACAGAACUAACCAAAGGCGUUGUUAAUUCUGCCAGCAAUAGUAAUCCUCCAACGGUUACAACGAGUCGUACGGUUGUUACUAAAGGCCCACAUGGCAAUAAGGCUGUUGCUAGUCGAUCAGUUUCGACGUCUGCUAUAGCACUUGGCAGUAAUGGACAAGCUAAAACGAGCAUUACUGUUAAAACAGGCCACAGACAUACGAUGAAUACAGUUGUGGAUAUGCCCCCUAAAGUAGUUCGACAACAUAAGCAAUAUCUUCCGGUUACUGGAGGCACUACAUUGGUUAAAUCCAAUGAAGGAGAAAUUAACGAUCGAGCUAGUGGAAACAUAGUAACUACGGCAAAAAAUCAAAUUUCCAUUAAUAUGAGAAAGAAUAUCAGUAGUACAAGUAAUAAUGACAGUCAAUCAGGGGCCUAUGGCCCAAAGCAAAGUUCUGGAAGAAUUGUUAUUUCAACUUCUAAGCGAACUGUUAUUAAUAAGAGAAAAAGUGAUCCAAAUGAAAGAGGCCAGCCUAAAGUAACCACGAAUGAGGGCUCUAGGUCAGCAACGCCGACACCAACUCAUGACAAAAGCAAAGGUUUUGCGCUGGGAUCAGGAGCACAACCGCAAGAAGAGGACUCUAGUGAUUCUUUGAACUACCCUACAGCAUGGAGGCAAAAUACAAAAACAAUUAAAUUAGAAUCUAGUCGAAGCGAUGAACCUUUAGGAAUUGAUGUCCAAGUUAUUGACGAUCCUGAAAAUCAUGGGCAUUCUUGCACUAUUGUUACCAAGUUGGCCAGUAACAGUAUUACAACUCGGGCUAAAGUAAUCUCAGUUUAUGAUCGAUUAGUAUCAAUCAAUGAUCUAAGUCUGGAAGAUAUACCAUCGCAAAGUGCAGAUGAAAUUAUUAAAACUGCAGGUAGAGGAACAUGGAAACUAGUGAUGCGACAAGUGCUAACUAACCAAGAAAAAGAUGCCAAAGAAGUAAAGUCUAUGGAUUCUACUAGAGUUGAAGAAACAAUACAAGCUGAAAGUGCUCUAGUUGCUGAAGGAAUUAUCACCUUAGACGACAAUGAAGAUAAAUUGUCGGAAAUACGCCGAUUAGCAGUAACGGAUCCGCAUCAAAUUAUAUGGUCAAGUUCUACUGAAACGAUCGAUGUGGCCAAAAUUGAUAACCGUUUAGGUUGCAAAAUUGUUCCUAAAAAGCGUCCUAACAAUCCUUCAAGCAAUGACAUGAUUAUACAAAAUAUUGUGAGCGGCAGUAGUGUUGAUAGAGAUGGUCGGAUACACCCUGGUGAUCUUUUAGUGGCAAUUAAUAAUGUUUCAUUAGAAGAGAAAUCCUCCAUUGAAACUACAAAAUUAAUUGAGGAAUCACCUUCCGAGCAGUUUAUCCGACUAACAUUCAAGAAGCCAAUCGAUAUAAGAGGUUAUGGACAAGAAGAGAAAUCAACUUAUAUAGAAGAUGCAGAACCAGGUGUCGCUAAAUUACCGGAUCAAUUAUUUGAUACCGUUGGGGCUGAAGAAUCCCUUUCGAAUUUGGCCGAAAGAUCAGAUGAGAGAUCAGUAUCAACAGAGUCAUCCAAGGCUGUAACUCAAGAUUCUAUAGCUACACCUGAAUUGAGGAUUAUUCCAGAUACCCCUCAAUCAGGAACUUCUGGCGAUUUCAAUACAGCAUUUGCUAAUGCUUCAUUGCAACGUCUCCACUCUCCAUCUUCACUACCUGUUAUCAUUAAUAGUGAUGCUGGAGAUAGGGGGAAAAGUGAUGAUCCAAUUUUUAUCAAACCGAAAUCUCCUGCAGUGGCGGCUGGAAAUCAACACAAAGUAGAUCAGCCAAAGCCUCAUCAUACUGAGACCAAGGAAGUUUUACCAAGUAUUAUCGAAAUAAAAGAUAUAUCAGGACGAACAGUAACAGCCCUAGUCUCUCAUUUAAAUUACACAAACCUAAACUUCAUUGAAAAGCUAGUCAAUUUAUAG